AUGUGAUCAUGUAAGCCAAUAUUAGCGAUUUUCCAUGCAACUCACUACUCUAGAAGAUUGAGGUGAAAGUUCUUGGACCCUUGUGCAUUGAAGUAUAAUUGCCACUUAAAGCUUCACUAAACACGGUAUAAUUGUAUAGGUACAUGGUUUGCCAUCUUCGUAAAGUGCAGACACGUACAAAAAUACAUAGAAAAAGACAUCAACCGAAACGCCGGCAAAAAGUUUUUCAUGAUAUCACUCUCUCCACCUGAUAUUAUCAAGGUCCAACUCUCUCUUACAUAUUUUAAAACCCCUCUUGUGUUCUCAACCAAGCUCUCUCUCUCUCGCUCUCUCUGCACCAUGGACAGGGUCAGAUUCAACAGAGACCCUUCAAGAGAAAGCAAAGGGUCUGUAACCCUGCAAAAGAAGCUGGCAAUGGAGGCUCAGCGUAAAACAGAACAAGUUCCAGACUCGACCGAUUUCAUGAACUACAUGUUCUUUGGGACAGUGAACGUGGAGAGCAGCAAGAAAGUUUAUAACUUGACAGGUGGGGGUUGUAUGGACGAGAACUAUGAUUUUGAGAGCAGCACUAAGAGCAAUAGUAGCAGGCAGACUCAAGAAUGGCUUGAAGAAGCCAAGCGCAUGGUGGCUUCAUCUCCUUCUCGCUCUGAGACACCCCCUAGAUUUAUUGGGUCACCAAGAUUUGUAGCGGCUCAUGGAAGUCCAUCAUUGCUGGAUCGAAGAGACCCUCUUUCUAGGUCUGCCAGAAGGAACAGAGCAGUGGAGAAAUCCUCUCAAAAUCAGCAAAAGCAAAACACACUCGCAACACCUCCUUUGACAACCUUAGCACUACUACCACCACAACAACACCAACUCCUUCAGAUUCAUCCCCUGCUUCUGCAGUCCAAAAAUGGUUCUCCAACAUCCUCAAGCCCUCCAAUAACAACCCUAAACCACCAUCACUCCCUUCCACUCCAGACCCCCCAACUCCCAAUCAAACUCUGCCACCUCGCCAGCUCCCUCACAGCAAGUCCCGGUUCCAAACUGACCCUUCCUCCCCUCGCCCACAGGGAAUCCCAACCCCUUCACGCCUCAACAACUCAACCCCAACAUUACUACCAGACAGUCUUGUUGAGAAGCAGCAACAACAACAGCAACAGCAGAAGCAGAAGCUGGUUCUGUCUCCACCUAGCAACAGCAGACCGGAGGUCGAUAUCUUCGUCCACAUGUUCAUUUGAUAAGAUUGCUCCAAAGCUCAAAGCUACUACUAAUGUUGGAGAAGAGUUUAAGGAAGAGGAAGAAUAUUCUGUUGAUGAUGUUAGUCUUAAUGGGUUCUUGAAACAGCAGAGGAUCAAGGUUCAGAAGCUCUUGAAUGGGGAGCUUAAUGCCAAGAUGCAGAUUGUGCUCUCUGGGCCUUCUAACAGUACAAGUUCCAUAGUGGCGGCUAUAUGUUACGUGUGGCUAUUGGAGAAUAGGAUGAGUAACAAUAAGAAUAAGGGUGAAGGUGAUGGAGGGGGUUGUGUGGUGGUGCCUGUGACUAAUGUGAGGAGGAGGAGGAUGUGGAAGCAAAGACAGGCUGCAUGGUUGCUUUACCAUGUUGGUGUUGAUGCAACCUCAUUGCUCUUUGCUGAUGAGGUGAACUUGGAGAGUCUAAUGAUGGCUGGGCAAUUAAGCAUAGUCGUGGUUGAGCAAGAUAUCCUCAGAGCUAAUAGCGAGGUUGGAUCUCAGUGCACUGUUCUUACAGAUAAUUACUGCGAAGAGGCCUAUGAUCUACUCCAAACCCCUGUGCUGAAGAAACUUUUGCUUGCAGGAAUUCUGUUAGACACACAGAAUCUGAAAACAUAUGAUAAAUCCUCUAUGACAAGAGAUUCAGAGGCAGUUCAGUUGCUAUUGGUUGGCUCAGCCCCCAGUUACAGAUAUUCUCUUUAUGAUCAAUUGAAGGAAGAACAAAGAGACAAAUCUUUUCUUGAAUCUUUGCAGCACAAUUAUGGGAAACCACCUAAUGAAAAUCACCUUGAUAGUCUGGCACAUGCGGAGCAUAGGGUGCUAGAGAAGAAGCCAACCUCAGCAUCUCACCCUGAAGACAUCAUACACAAUUCAGACAAGAAUCCUAGCAAUGCUGGAAAUGCAAAAACUAACAGGGUUUCACCAAAAACAGACAUCAUUCACAACUCAGACAAGAAUCCUAGCAAUGCUGGAAGUGCAAAAACUAACGGAGUUUCACCAAAAACAGACAAACCUAGUUCACUACCUGUGAAAGCGCCUUCAGCAGCACCAGCACAAAAGGCACCCGAUAACUCUCAUGGAAAGAAUAAGUUCUUCCUGGCGAAUUGGUUUGGUUUUGGAUCAAAUAAAAACAAAUAGUCUGCACUGCUUUCAUAAUUGUGAUUAUGAUAAAGGAAACCAGAUUUAUGAUCAAAUCAGAGACCAAAACCAUUUCUUGGAUUACUGGUAUGUUAAAAAUUUUGUGAGUUGGGUUCCCCCCAAAUUAUUUCUUCAUUUAUAUGAGUGCUUGGGGUUGUCAUUUAACUGCAUCUUGUUUUGAAGAAAGGUGCCACAAAGGAUGUCUCAAGAAGAAUGUAUAAAGUCGUUGUUAUGCCUAUUCUAUUAUUAUUUUUGUAUCAGAUAAUAAUUCUCAGUCACUGCCAACAUGCUUGUGGUAUACUGGUAUUAUAAAACUUUUGUGUUCUAUUCACUUCUAUAACAUUCUUCUUCUUCUUGUUCAUGUUGAUGAUAAUGUGGGGUUGAUCAUUGAUGAUAUUGCUCUUGUCGGAGUUGUUUUGCUUGCUCAUCUGUAAGAAACUAGUUUUGUUUCUAACCCUUAGAAAUAGUACGUUAGUCAUUUUAGAACAAGUAUCGUACCAUUUUUUUUGUUAUGAGUUUGCUUAUAUAACUGCAAAAGAAAGUAAUUGAACUAAACAAUGUUUUUGUCAAUGCCUGCAGGCCACUUGAAGUCAAUUUUAAAAGGACUAACUUUGCUGCAAGAGCUCUAAAUGUUAAUGUUGGAUCCAAUUUACAGUUGAGUCUUUCUUAUUAGAAGUCAAUAAUAUGUUCAAAAAUCAACUUUGAUGGUGACUAUAAACGUUUUGUGUGGUUGUCAUAUUUGUUCUAUAGUAAUAUUUUUAAGAAUGUGGUCCUGCAUGUGCUAUCAUAUUCAA